ACUUCAUUGACACAGUCAAAUCCCCAGCUCUGUACUUUCAUGACACCAUGCUCAGCCUGAUCAAACUACCCCGAGUCUUCACCAUCAACCAAGUACCCAAAGUGUUCCAUGAGGACAGCAUCAUCUCUGGCUAUCGCCACCCGCGCAGCUCGGCAACUGAUUGCAUCUUGAGCCUCUUCCAACUGACCAAUGAGACGCUCAAUAUAUGGACCCACUUCCUUCCUACCUGGUACUUCCUGGGGAAGUUGGUGAUGGUGCUUUUGAUGCAGGACGUCUGGGAGGACUCGUUCACCUGGCCCCUCCUGGUCUUCCUGGUGUCGUGUUGCGUGUACCCACUAGCGUCCAGCUGCGCUCACACCUUCAGCUCUAUGUCCACCCGUGCCCGCCAUGUCUGCUUUUUUUUCGACUAUGGAGCACUGAGUUUCUACAGUCUAGGUUCUGCCAUCACCUACUCUGCCUAUGUCAUCCCUGAUAAGUGGGUGAAAAGCACAUUCCACCAAUACUUCCUCUUCUUCGCCAUUAUUAACACUGUUGUCUGCACUUCCUUAGCCUGUUAUUCAAGGCUUGGCCUGCCAUUUCUACAAUAUAACAAUGACAGCAUAAAAGGAUUCACAGAAAGUCCAAAGUUUGGAAAAGGUUUUCGUAUUAUUGCCUUCGCCUACCCCUACAUGUUUGACAACAUUCCGCUCUUUUACAGGAUCUUUUUGUGUACAGGUGAAAGCUGCACAACCAAUGACACCAAUCCUCUGCAUUUACGUCACAUUGCUCUAGCCUUCCUUACUGCCUUUCUCUUUGCCACACAUCUACCAGAGCGCCUGGCCCCUGGCAGUUUUGAUUACAUAGGCCACAGCCACCAAUUGUUUCAUGUGUGCGGCAUCAUUGGCACCCACUUCCAGAUGGAGGCAAUUGAGCAGGACAUGAUGGCGAGACGGGACUGGCUCCUCACACACUCCCUGCCCAUCACCUUCGCUAACACGAUGGGAGCUGCACUGAUGUGUGUAGUUCUUAGUCUUCUAAUCAUUUUCCUCUUCAGUCUACCUCUGCGGUCAUCUGCACAAGGGAGAAAAAUCUGUGAUAAUGACAUGAAGUCAUGUUGCCACUCCUAACUUUAACAAUUGACUUUUAAAUGCUGAAAGCGUUAUUCUUUUCCAAAAGCCCUUGUAAUUUUAGAAUAGGCUGUUAUGGGCGGACUUUGGGUGAGCUAUGGGGGCAGUGAACCUCCAUGGCUUGACAUAGCAUUGAGUCUUUUUCAUAGGAGUUGAGUUGUUACUUUACAAUGGACUGGUGAUGCAUCCACACAUUAUAAUCCAUAGGCAUUUUAAACAGUUCCACAAAGGACACUGGCGCAGUUUACAUUUACAAAAUAGUGCCAAAAGUAGAGGAUCCGAUCUGAGGGAACAUCCAUUAUGUUCUGCACAUAUUCUGACAAGAGCUACAACUAUUAAAUUGCUGAUAAAUGAUGAAGGAUAAAAAAUUGUAGCAUAUUUACUUAAUGACGGGUACACACAGGCUUUACUUUCAUCAGUUUUGUUGUGUACCAUGAAGAGAACAUAUGGCUGGAAAACAGAUACUUUGAAGUGGGUGAUAAAUGCAAAAUAUGUCACUUGACAGGAAAUCUGUAUUAUCUCAUGUGUAUUCUGUAUGUAUAUUCUGUUAUUUUAUGAAACCAAAUGUAUUGUGCAAUUACAAACUGUGGAUCUCAAACUACAUGGGGAGACUGAAUUGGGACCAUUGUCAUGGACUGCUGUCUUUGUAUUUAAUAGCUUGUGUAUAUGUAAAUGUUAAUAUAUAUAUAUAUAUAUAAAAUAAAGAUAUUUAACUUUGCAUGAAAGGUACCCAUUU